CAUGUCCUGCCUCAAGAGCGUUCUGCAGCUGCUGCAAGUGCUGACAACGCUUUCGGGUUGCAACAUCUACAAAUACGUCGAAGGCAGGCGGGUAUUCGUAGUGAACCGGAAGAUUGAUUUUCUGGUGGGGGCGGUGCACAGAUUCUGGCUGAGGCCGUAUCUGCUGAUGGGCUUACUGAUGAACCUUCUAUUCUGGUUGGUGCAGUUUCGCGAGGGACUGACGGAUCUAACGCCUGGGAGUGAGAAGCCACUGCAGCUCAUUUACACAAUAGGACUGACAGUUGCCAAAUAUCAGAAUGUACUAAUAAGCACGGGAAUUGCCUAUCACUACAGGCAUCAUCGUAAGCUAAUGCGACAGGUUCUGAAUCAAUUUAUAAGAGUCUAUUACAGCUACGAGAGACUUUGCGGAAGGGUGCCGAGAAUUAACUGGCUUCUAUUUGGCAUCCAAGCCUAUAGGGCAAUUAUCGCUACGCAGGCGCCCAUGUUAAGAAACCAAUUAAUGGUUCUGGGCUUCAACCAAAAUGUUGACAUUUUAAUGGGACUAUCUGAAGUAAUCUUUAUCUGCAUUCAGCCCCUGUUAUUAUCAUUAGUUGUCUACUUGGGCAUCAUCAUACUUUAUGCCUGCUACGACAUCAAAGUGCACCACAAUCGAAGAAAGUCAUUCCAACUCUUCGUCUUCUACAGACACCUCAUCAGACUUAGGUACACGUUCGACCGCUUGGCCAGGCCUUUUGUGUGGACGGCCUUAGUGCAGAACUUUUUCCUUUUCAUAGCCAACUUCCACUUGAUACUUUACGAUCAGCAAUCAGCCAAACUUUUUGGGGAGUCUCUGCUAAGGUCAAUCAUAUACCCGGUAGCCCUGCUCCACAUAAAUGUGACUAUUAGUUCCGUGGAGAAAACAUUUGGUCAAUUUGAAGCGAGUUUUAGACCUCAGCGACAGACACAAAUGCUGUGGCUGUACAAGCACGUUGUGAAAGCAACUGUUGAUAAAAGUGAGAUGAAUGCCUUUCGCCUGGACCGGGGACACAUUCUAGAUGUGCUACGACUAGGAUGGGCCUUCGCCAUGUUUACGAAUGGCUUGUUGCUCAACAGCACCGCUAGGCUUAAACAUUUUAAGACUGUGAAUUAUAAAAAAUUGUUGUAGUUUGCUCAGUCAUUCCUAA